UAUCAACCAACUUCACUCCAAUAACCCUCUUCUUGUCGUCAGUCAUUCUGUAAUUUCAUUGAAAGUUUUUGCUAUUUUGGAUAAAAUACAAUCGAAUUGCCAAUAGGAAUACCAAUCGAAAGGUGCAAUUCUCAUCAGUAAAAGACACAUUUCCGAUUGAAAUAGUUAACAUAGUAGCUGAGAGUUUCUUCGAUUAUCUAGACAAUAUCGUAUCUAUGAUGGCCGAUCAACAGUUUUUCCUAAAAUGGAACGAUUUUCAAACAAAUAUGGUCACUUCAUUCAGACAUUUACGGGACGAGAAAAGCUUCACAGAUGUAACAUUGGCAUGCGAAGGACAAACGUGUAAAGCACAUAAAAUGGUAUUGUCGGCUUGCAGUCCAUACUUUAAGUCAUUGUUGGAGGAAAAUCCAUCAAAGCACCCGAUUAUUAUUCUAAAAGACGUCUCAUACACCCACCUGCAAGCCAUUUUAGAAUUUAUGUAUGCGGGAGAAGUAAAUGUUUCGCAAGAACAAUUACCGGCCUUCCUGAAAACGGCAGAUCGACUUAAGGUUAAGGGUCUAGCCGAAACUCCUGCCCCAAUCAAGCGGGAAGGUUGAUGACCGCAUUUUUACUUUAUUUUGUAAAAUAAUGCUAUUUUUUAAAGUAAUUCACACCCACACACACACACACACACGUACAUCUAUAAAGCAAAGCAAAUUCAUUUGAACGUAAAGUUUAAUUAAAACAA